UUCCUGUCGACAACACAAAGCCGGAAGCAGAAUAGAAGCAGGAGACUGUUUUGAUUCUUCGACCAAUUUUGAUCACAAUGGCAGACGAGGAAGACGAGACCGGGUUUGAGGAGGAGUUGGACGAGGGCUGCAGCGGUGUGGACGUGUGUCAUGGCCGCCGAAAGAGGCUCUUCUCCAAGGAGCUCCGGUGCAUGAUGUACGGCUUCGGGGAUGACCAGAACCCAUAUACGGAGUCAGUAGAUAUCCUUGAAGACCUGGUGAUCGAGUUCAUCACAGAAAUGACCCACAAAGCCAUGUCCAUCGGACGCCAGGGUCGGGUCCAGGUGGAGGACAUCGUCUUCCUCAUUCGAAAGGAUCCCAGAAAGUUCGCUAGAGUCAAAGACUUGCUGACCAUGAAUGAGGAGCUCAAGAGGGCCCGCAAGGCUUUCGACGAAGCAAACUAUGGCUCAUAAGCAUCAGCUGAAGCAAUUGCAGAGACAUUCACAUUUACUAACAUGUGCACAUCAUGUUACCUUGUUUUGAACAUUUAAUUUUUAAGUAUUCAACCUUCAUAAAUAUAUGCUUUUUCUAUAACCAGAUAAGUGUGUUUUUUGUGUUGGCAUGGGGGAGGGUGGGUCCAGUGGUUCCUUAAUUUUUUAUUUUUUUUGCACAGACCGUACUAGACUACUUUUAUGUACUAUAUAUGCUUAUUAUACUUACUCAAAGGGAAGUUCACUCUGUUAUGCAUGUGAGUGUGUUGCAAACCUGAACUUAGUGAUGUGGUAGCAAGAUUUAGUGAUGAGGUAUCCGUUUCGGUCAAGGCCACAUGAGAAAAGAUUUGGAGGCAGUGCAUCAUUACCAUGUAUCCUGCUGAUAGACUCCAACACAAAAAGACAGAGUUAUGUCAUUUGAGCAAAAGUAUUGUUUUGAGUCUCCUCAGAAAAGCAGGCACAGUACUCUCAUUGCCUAGUCAAGGACGGUGUGAAUGUGUUUGUAUACCGUAUAUGCCCCAGGAUGACUGCUGACCAGUCACCAAUCCAAGGUGUAGUACACUUUUUACGCUAAAUCUGCGAUGAAAGGGUCCAGUUUAUGGAAUCUAAAAAAAAUUGUACUGUAGUUACCAUUUAAAUUUUUUUAUCCAAAAUAUAAAAUUCAAUACUUUUUUUUUGAUAGCCACAGAUUGGAACAAAAAUGUCGUGGCCAAGGUUUAUGUGUACUACAGCUCACUGGAUCUGGGCUGUGAUGUCCCACUGACGUUUCCCCAUCCCUCCAUCCUGUUAUGUAUUAAUGUGUGCCCGUUUGCUGAAUUCCCCCCCCCCCCACCCCAAAUCCAUACUGUGCUCUCAUUAGCAAGAUCUUAGUCUGAUCUCAAUCUCCCUCCCCCUCCCAUUUUUUCUUUUCAUCCGUGAAAACAGGGCGCUGUUAAAUGUGACCCGGCAUACUCACGUUUUGUAUCUCCCUGUUGGUCAUGAUUUUUUUUUCUAUGUCUCUUGGACAGGUUGUGUCUGUUCCAUUUCGUUGCACCUUGUGGUGCAAUCAAUGACAAUAAAGCUAUUCGGAUUCAGA